AUGGUUCCCGCCCCCAUUGAUCCAGCCAUCACCGAUGUGGCGGAGCCGCGGAAGGACACCCUCGGCCUCCCCGAGCCCGCAAAGGCAAGAUUGACAAAGGCCGGCGUGGACCUCUCCAACGGCUACCCGUACCGCCCCUCAAGACCCCUCUUCCUACAGGAUGCCAUCAACAUCCGCAACAAGGAGCGCGAAUACAUCGACGCUGGCGCUCGUGCCGACAAGUCCAAGAAGAACCUGCUCGGCGCCGCGACGAAGGUCACUGACUUGACGACGCAUAUCGGUACCGAAAUCGAGGGUUUGCAACUCAAGGACCUCACCCCUGAGCAAAAAGAUGAGCUCGCGCUCUUGAUUGCCGAGCGCAGUGUUGUCUUCUUCAGGGAUCAGGAUCUCUCACCUCAGCAGCAGAAAGAGCUCGGUGAAUGGUUUGGAGAGGUUGAAGUCCAUCCCCAAGUCCCGCAAGUCCCCGGCGUCCUCGGCGCCUCCGUCAUCUGGCCGGCCCUGUGGGCCACCGAGCGCCCGGCCAACUUCCGCAACCCGGGCGGCGCCUCCCGCUGGCACACCGACCUCGUCCACGAGCGCCAGCCCGCGGGCGUCACGCAUCUGCACAACGAUACCGUCCCGCCCAUCGGUGGUGAUACGCUGUGGGCGAGCGGAUACGCUGCGUAUGAGAAGUUGUCGCCCGACUUCCGCAAGAUCAUCGAUGGCCGCUACGCCGUGUACAAGUCCGCGCACGCAUAUCUCGACCGCGACAACCAGGAGGCCGGGCCAAAGCACAUUGAGCGCGCACACCCGCUUGUCAGGGUGCACCCCGCAACUGGGUGGAAGGCGCUGUGGGUGAACCGCGCGAUGACGGAUCGCAUUGUCGGGCUGGACAAGGCGGAGAGCGAUGUGAUUUUGGGAUAUCUGUUCGAUGUGUACGAGCAGAAUGUGGAUAUCCAGGUGCGGUUCAAGUGGACGCCGAACACUAGUGCCCUUUGGGACAACAGGAUCACCAUUCACAACGCCAGCUGGGAUUACGAGGGCAAGCACCCGCGUCACGGCACCCGUGUGACUUCUCUCGCGGAGAAGCCGUACUUUGAUGCGAAUGCGCCUACUAGGAGGCAGGCACUGGGGGUACUGGGUGACGAUGAGAAGGAGGCACUGGGGAUUGAUGGCACUUCAAGAGGGCUGAAGGACUUUUCUCUAUAG